GAAGAACGGGUCCAGGCAAGGCAUAGCAAUAUUCAUAUUUAGCAACAACAACAACAAGCUUCAGGAGGAUGUUUGUUCCGUUAUGUGGACUGGAAGGCUGACUGCAGGUGUGCCAGUUUCAUCUGGAGCCGCGGAGCAACACGGCGGACUGUGAUUUACAGGAUGUGGCCACGCUUCUCUGGAUGUCCGACAGACGGUGAAGAAGAGGUAGACCUCCUGAAUCAUCCAACCUUCAAUUUACUGACUGUCUGAAGCUGGAUUUUCUCGCUGAAACGAUUAAAUUCCCCAAAAUAAUGUAGCAAACAGCUCGGCCUUGGAGACGUCUGACCUCUGUUUAACCCUCGCAUGGGUUCAGUGCAUUGCCUUUUUAACUCUGCGUUGUAGAUGGGGCUUCACUUCACACUCGCCUGUAAAUUAGCAGCCCGAUGGUCUGUGUUUGCCCCCCGUCAUUUACUCCAGCUGUGCAGCCGCUUCAGGUUGGUGUCUUAUGUUUGAAGUGAUUUGACGGAUCUUUAGGAGGAUGAACGGCUCUCUGUUGACUCCGCCCAGUCCGAGGGCGGCGAACUCCUCCCCUUUACCUCCAUCACCAUCCCCCUCUCCAUCCCCUCCUUCCCCCUCUCUGCUGCCCCUGUCGCCCCGGCCUCCCCCUCUCCCGCCCCUGGUGAGCCCCCCAACCCAGGCUCACCCGUCCUCCCUGUCCGACACCCCCACACCCUCUCCCUCGCCCUGCCUGAGCUGGACCGAAUUCUGUGAGCUUCAUGCCCGAGUCGCGGCUGGAGACUUUGCACGCCACUUUCGGGCUUUCCUCCUGGAGAACCCGCACUACUCCACUGACUCGGCUGCCGCCUUCUGCCGGCGCUUCACCGACCGCUUUGUGCGUCACUUCCAGAGCGAGCUGGAGGGGGCGCUGCCACCAAGCUGUGCUUCUGGGAGGGACGAGAUGGUGAGCUGGGCUCCCCAGUCUGAUGCUACUUCGCUGGAAGAGGAAGCGGUCUCGCCCUUGUCAGCGACCGGGGCAGCUGUCCUCCCGCAAACAAACGCGACACGGGCCUCGUGUAAGCCUGCACCAACACGGCUGGUGUUGGAGAACCGCAGCGGGGACAGGUUUCAGGAUUCGUACGCCCACGGCCAAGUCCUGCCUCCAUCUUCAUCAUCGUCGUGCUGCUCCUCUGUGGGAGGAAACAAUGGCCGGCGUGAGGAGAGGGCCGCCAUGAUGGCCCCCGGCAAUGGAGAGGCGCCUGUUGAGGAGGAGGAGGACAGCUGGCUUGGCGUGGCGUCGGUCGGGGAGGACGUCGAGCCAGAAGAGCGGGAAGCGGAGUCCUCGGAGGUGGACAACGCCGAUCCCUCUCACACUCCUCAGAUGGCGCCCUCCUCUGUCACUCCUCCGCCCGGAUCCAAAGGUAACGGUACACCCAACUCCUCAAAAAACAAACUAAAGAAGCGCUUCUCGCUGCGCAGCGUCGGUCGCAGCGUUCGGGGCAGUGUUCGAGGAAUCCUGCACUGGAGGAGCUCCUCCAGCGACUCGGCUCAGAGCCAGCUCCCCUCCAGCUACAGCUACACUAUGGGUGUGCAGGACGCUAGCUUGGUUUCAUCCUCCAAGAGGAACUCUGGUACACAGCCUCCGACACCCACCUCCUCCAUGCCGGUGUCCCUGUCCAUGCCCCUCUCCCUGCCCCAUUCCUCCUCAUCCUCCUUGCCACCUUCGUCCUCCAGCAGCGCCACCUCCUUGUCGCUGUCGGAGGCGGCUCGUGACCGGCGACGGAGCAAUGGCGAAGGAGGCGAGAAAGAGAAGUGGAGCCAUCGUCUGGAGAAGCUCCGAUUGUCCCGAUCCCCUCCGCCCGUCCUAACCCCGACCGCCGCUGGCGCCUCCACGCUGCCUCCGAGCAGUGCCGCUGCCGCCAUGGGUCCUCCAAGGAAGGUGGGCCGGCUGGUGCGGGAGGGCGGCGUUAGCGUCAGCUCGUCCAACGACGAGUUGAGCGGCAGCCACGGCUUCUCUGGCUUCUCUUUCGGGCUGCUGCAUCACAGUACGGACAACAACAACGCUGCCUCGGCUGCUGCUGCAGCUCAGGCAGGUCCAGUGCAGCCUCUGGCCAGCGGAGGAAACGUUCCUUGGAGGGGAGGACGCUGGCAUAAAUGUCGGCUGGUCCUCCGAGAGCGAGACAGAGAGGGCGGUGAGCGUGGAGAGGAGUACUACCUGGAGUUCUUCAUUCCACCAAAAUCCUCGAAGCCUCGGCUGACUGUCCCCUGCUGCUCCAUUGUGGACGUGAGGAGCACCACGGCGCUGGAGGUCCCUGACAAGGAGAACACCUUCCUGCUACAGCUGGACGGACUGACUCAAUACGUGAUCGAGACCAGAGAUGCUGUUCAGAUGAGAGCUUGGCUGAGUGACAUCAGGAACGGCAUCUGUCUCAGUGAGCAGGAGGAUGCUGAAGGUGUCUGUGGUCCAUUAGACGUCAGCGGGACUCCUGAGAUCGGAGAUCGACUCUCACAAGUGUGCUACGGAGGUAUCGGAGGCUCGUCACCUCUCAUGGAUCCUCUCCCACCGGAGUUGCCGCCUCGAGCGCCUCUCGACGAACCAGACGGCAGGAUUCUCGGCGGAGGUGGAGCUAGUCUGGGAACGCCGUUUGCUGAGACGCCAGACGCCACAGGUUCCUUCCUGUUCUCGGAGGUGACGGCGGCAGAGACGGUGGAACAUCCGCUCAGCGAGUGUCAGUGGUUUCACGGCACUCUGUCGCGCCUCAAAGCCGCUCAGCUGGUUCUGGCUGGAGGCCCGGCGAGCCACGGCGUCUUUCUGGUCCGUCAGAGUGAAACCCGCCGCGGAGAAUACGUCCUCACCUUUAACUUCCAGGGCAAGGCCAAGCACCUGCGUCUGUCCCUGAACGAGGACGGUCAGUGUCGAGUUCAGCACCUUUGGUUCCAGUCCAUCUUCGACAUGCUGGAGCACUUCCGGGUGCAUCCGAUCCCGCUCGAGUCCGGCGGCGCCUCCGACGUCACGCUCAUCAGCUUCGUGGGUGCCACUGCUGUUCGCCAGCCAGACUUGACCAGCAGACCCCGUAGCCCUCCUCAGCCUCCUCCGCUGCCGCCGGGCCGACCGCCGCCGCCAACUCCCCCCCAAGAGAGAGGCAACGAGACGGAGCCUGGAGCUGGAGGUGGAGCUGGAGCUGGAGGAGGAGGAGGAGGAGCGACUGUGGCGCCGAUGGCCGCUGCUGGAGGAGCAGCAGGAGGCAGUGGAGGAGGCAGCGGAGGAGGCAGCGGAGGAGGUAGUGGAGGAGGCAGCGGAGGAGGCAGUGGAGGAGGCGUGGAGGACUGGGAGGAGAGGGACACUCCUCUCCGCCAACUGGAAGCUGUGGAGGGGGAAGAGAGGGACGGAGCAAGGGCCCCCCGAGCCAUCGAUAACCAGUACUCCUUCUUCUGAUGAAGGUCGGAAGAGGAGGAGGAGGAGGAGGAGGAGGAGGAGGAGGUGGUGUUUGUGUUUGUGCGUUUGUGCGAGUGAAAGCGAGAUUGGAUGAGGCGGCGUACAUCAUAGCCAUUCAUAACCAGUAUUUUUAUUUUGUUAGCGAGGAGGAGUAAAAGUACUAACACUAUACGAGAGAGAGAGAGAAGGCGGCUGAGAGCAGCUUCACGACACUAAACUAGCCGAACAUUUCCUUUAGCCAGAUAAGCUUUCUUUUUGCCGGGACGCCAGCAGACCCCGAUACCUCACCACGGUCCACGCUAGCCAGAGGCCAAACACUCUCUACAGACAUUUCUACUGCAGCGAGCAGACCCACAAUGAUACACUCUCACCACACCAAACUCCAUUAAAAAAGCUGAAUUUAUUUGUUGCAUCUACAGCACAAAGAAAAAAACUACAGUUUCUAUAUAAUCGUCAAGCAAAUUUAAAGACAACUUUGUCGCAACAACUGUGAAUUACCCUGUUUUUUUUAAUAAACUAGGCUGCGUAGUGUUGUCAGAGGGGAGGGCCGUGCUAUAGGCCACGGUAGCUGUAAUAAACAGUGUAGAGGAAGCCUGAAACAAAAUCAUUUUGGCAACAGCUGUCAGAAAAAAUGUUGUCAAUUUACAAAGCUGUGAGCCACGAUAAGGGAUGUUUCCUCAAAUUUUGUCAUUUCCAUUAACUUUUUUAAAUGCGAUUUUGUAUUUUCUUUUUUGCGACACACGUCAAAUUCACUUGACUCAUAUGGAAACACAGUUACUGACUCUGUGUUUAAACUCUGUGUUGUGAUGAAACUAUAACACACCUAAUUAAGGUUAAAACCCGGUUGUUUUGAGGUGUUUUUCAUGAAACGAAAGAGGACCUAGAAUCAAACCCUGAGGAACUCCGCAGGAUGUUUCAUGGUUACUAAUAAUAGCAGGCUGUUCUCUGUAUUUUAAACAGAAUUUAAACCAACAAAGUCCAAAGUAAAUUUGGCGGCUGAUAUUUUCACAACACAGUCAGUUGUUGCGCUUCCAUAUGAGUAUCAAGUGAAUUUAAAGCAAACUUUUGAUAUGUUGCCACAAAACCACAGAAUUAAAAUAAAAUAAAAUAAAAUAAGAAAAUGAUGGUAUUCUUGGCAAAUGUGUUUCAGUUGCGCUUGACGGUCAUAGAGAAACACGAAUGAGUCUGUGUUACCUUACUUGACAGAAAUCUCUGCAUGUCCUUUUAUUUCUGACCACUUUUUACAAACAAAAAUGUGUGUGACGCUUGACAUGAAACUAAUUUGGCACCGACUGAAACAUUUUUAGGUGUGCCAAAGAUUCCUCUGUGUAGGAAAAACUCUGCUGUUUUAAUCAGCUGUCAUUACCAUGGAGGUGAUGACGUUAUUUUAGUAUGACUACAUCAUCUGACCAACAGAAGUCCAUGGUAAUGACAGCAGCUGAGCUGUAAGGUCGACUAUACUGACAAAAAAUUUGAGGUACUGUACUCAAGCAUCUAAACCAGCUGCAAACGUGACUCCAGUUUGCUGUAAAACAUGUAAAAUAUUGGUAAAACAGCUCUGAAAUGCGCUAGAAAUGUAGUUUCUGAGGACCAGAAGUUGUGCUCCUGACACUGGGAGUUUGAUGCAGAUGAUUCCUUUGGGUUUUAAGUCUUAAAGUUGAAAUAACAUUAAUAUACUAACCUUAAUACAUUAUUACAGUCAUGUCAGACUGAACAAGCGGGAAGCACCAAACCGACACGUGAAAUGUGAAUUAAAAACCAAUCAUAAACACAUUAUGUGAUUGAAUGUAUAUGACUAAUAAUAAUAUUAACACUAAUGGUACGAUUCACAUGCGGGCUGCAGGUUGCUGAUGUUUUCUAGCAGCAGCUGAGACAUUUCUGAAGUUUUAAUGGUACAAAUUGAUUUGAAAAUAGGGGAUGUUAUCUGUGCUGGAGGUGUGCACAUGCAAGUCACAUGACUGAUCAGCUGUUUCUGCUUAUAGAGACUCCGGACAGCAUGAAAAAUUUCCAACACGAGCUGACGUAAAAGAAUAAUUACAACUUUAAAGAUUGAAAACAAUUCCUGAAGACUUUCUCCAUUUUUCUGUUCUUCAAGGGCCUUGAUAGUUGUUAACCACGAAACAUCACGUGGAGUUCCUCAAAGGUCAAUUCUUGGUCCUCUUUUGUGUCAAGAAAAACGCCUCCCGACAACAGAUUUUAGAAAUGGCUCAAAAAGCUUUAAAGUAAUGGCUGUUUUCUGCGCUUGGGUGUGUUGAAAUAAAGAGAAACCGUCCUCUGAGUUCAAAUGUUGGAUUUUUUUUAACAGAGUUUGGUUCGUAGCGUGCAGUGGGUCUGCAGCAGGCAGCAAACAUUUACCUCAGUAAACUCAGCAGCAUCACUCGGUGUAAAUGUCUCUCUCUCUGUCUCUUUUCUCUCUGAGUCAAACAAACUGGGAGCUGUUUCAGAGAGGAAUUACUGAUCGAUGACACCAAUAGGAAUGACGGAAAUAAUAAUAAUAAUGGUAAUAAUAAUAAAAAUGACGGUCAGAAUAAUAGUAUUAAUUUUAUUUGUUUUUAAGACACCUUUUUAUUUUAUAUGCUUACUCCAUGUAACACUUGUUCCGACUCCAUCUUGUAAUUCAAAUGUCUUUGUGCCUUUUUUUAUUUUUGGGAUAAAAAGAAGGAAGAAAAAAAAACUAUAUAAGAUUUGCUAUGAGGCCUUUAUUGUGAAGGCGACGAGUAUCCCUGUUUUCACGCUGUCUUCUCCUCCUCAGCCUCAUCCUGCAUUCAAGGGUAAAAAAGAAAAAAAUAUAGCAGAAAAUGUCAAUGAAAAUACCUACUUUUUCUACUUGUGCCUUUCUGUGUCUGUCGUCUCGGCCUGCAUCAGUUCUGGAGCUCGACCCAGUCACCUAUACCGGUCUUUUCUUUGCUCAUGUAUUCGUCUAUAUGCACCUUUCCCCUUCCGCCCCGAUCAUCAUGUUGUGUCAUUUUCUCAGUUUCAAAACUCUUUGUGCCUUUCUCUGUCUCUUUUCUCUCUUUGCUGGGACCGUGUGUUGAGGCCGGACAGCGUCGCCUGUCCAGCCUGUGUGGUUAGUUUCAGGUACUACAUUGAAUUUAAUGAUAAUGAUAUAAUAUAAAUAUAGUGAAACAUAA